AGUUCGAAUGUAGUCCAUAGUGUUUUGCUCCGUUUAAGUACAGCUUAAGUUUUUCUUGUAUUUUUAGUUUUAUUUAUUUUGGGAAAACAACCGAAAUGGCGAAUUUUCACAAUGUGGAAGUAAACAGGACCGUCUGGGAGAUUCCCGAAAGAUAUCAAAUGCUAUCGCCCGUGGGUUCCGGAGCAUACGGGCAAGUUUGCUCAGCACUUGAUACAGUGAGCAAAAAUAAAGUGGCAAUAAAAAAACUAGCCCGCCCCUUCCAAUCGGCUGUGCAUGCUAAACGAACAUACAGGGAACUGAAGUUGCUCAAACAUAUGAGACAUGAAAACGUCAUCGGCUUGCUGGAUGUAUUUUAUCCCCAGCAUGACAACAGUCAGAUUUACCUAGUCACACAUCUUAUGGGCGCCGAUUUGAAUAACAUAAUUCGUACCCAAAAACUUACGGAUGAUCACGUGCAAUUUUUAGUAUAUCAAAUUCUUAGAGGUUUAAAGUAUAUACAUUCUGCUGGAAUAAUUCAUAGGGACUUGAAACCGUCAAAUAUAGCGGUGAACGAAGACUGCGAGCUGAAAAUUUUGGAUUUCGGCUUGGCCAGACCUACGGAAACCGAGAUGACCGGUUACGUGGCCACCCGAUGGUACCGUGCGCCGGAAAUAAUGCUCAACUGGAUGCACUACAACCAAACCGUCGACAUUUGGUCUGUAGGCUGCAUCAUGGCCGAACUUUUGACCGGCCGCACACUUUUUCCAGGCACUGACCACAUUCACCAGCUUAACUUAAUUAUGGAUAUAUUAGGAACCCCCAGUGGUGAAUUCAUGCAAAAAAUCACCUCAGAAAGCGCAAGAAGCUAUAUAAAGUCGUUGGCGCCAGUAGCCAAAAAGGACCUUAACAGCUAUUUUGUCGGUGCUAAUCCUCAAGCAAUACACCUUUUGGGCCUUAUGCUGGAGCUGGACAGCGAAAAACGUAUAACGGCAGAUCAAGCUCUAGCCCAUCCUUACCUGACAGCUUAUUCCGAUCCAAAUGACGAGCCAGUUUCUUCACCUUUCGACCAAAGUAUUGAAGAUAUUAAUUACUCUGUUGAAAAAUGGAAAGAGUUAGUAUUAGAGGAAGUGAACUCGUUUGUUUACCUGCCAAUCCAGCCUGAAGAGAAUUAGGUUUUUUUUUAUUUUAUUUUUGUUGUUAACCUUUAAGAUGUAUUCUUUUGAUUAAUAUGUAUUAUAGCAGCUGUAC